AUGAUGAAGAAGACCAGCAAGUCUACCAAGAGGAUCAAUGAGCAAGAUGCUCUCUGCACGCCACACUCCCAUGAUCCGAGAGAUCUUCAAAGUAUGUUGGAUGGAGGAGAGUAUGCCCCUUUUGUAUCUCCUCCCAUGUUAGAGAGCAAUUUUAUCCAGGUUAACAGGAGAGGUGAAUCCAUUUACCUUCAUAACCGAGCCAACUGGGUGACCGUAGGCAUCUGUUCUUCCAGUUCCACCCACAAGAUCCCCAAUGUGAUGCUACUGGCACAUCUGACACCUGCUGCCCGGAAAGAUACAGAACCCCUGUUUAAAAGUCUCCUGACAUCUCCUCCUGCAGAGAAACUGGUGCUCACCAGGUUUCUCCCUCUGCAGUUUGUGACUCUUUCUGUGCAUGACGCGGAAAACAUGCGCCUAAAAGUAAAGCUGGUGAGUGGUCGAGCCUACUACUUACAGCUCUGCACUUCUGCAUGUAAACAGGACACCUUGUUUUCUCAAUGGGUGGCCCUUAUCUCCCUCUUGAAUCAGGAGAAAGCCAAAGUUUCCAAAGUGUCAGAGGUUUCAAGUCUCUCAGGAAUUACGAAUAGCACAGACGUCACAGGCUCCACGGAUGUGAUGGAUAUCACAGCGUUCACAGCCAUCCUGACCCCGUACAUGUAUGCACGUACAGGCCCUGAACAUGUCAGGGACAGCAUAGAUUUCUCAGAAUUCACAGACAUCACCGACAUCACAGAUGUCACAGACCUUCCAGAAAAUGAGGUCCCAGAGGUCCCGGAUAUAAGAAUUGUUACAGAAGUCAUAGAAGUCAGAGAAGCCACAGAAGUCACAGACAGCUCUGAUAUUACAAACUGCUCGGGAGUCACAGUGGUGUUUGAAAACAAUGACUUAAUCAGGGCAAAGCAAGAGGAGAAGGAAAAAUUGAAAAACAUUCUGAAGCCUGGGUGUCUACAAGAUACAAAAAGUAAGAGUGAGUUGAAAGAAUCCUCAAAACAUGUCACCAUCUCAAACAUAACACUGACUUUUGAAGGUAAAAGAUAUUUUCAAACUACCUUGACUCCAGUAGAAAGUGAGGCAAAUACAUCCAAGGAGAUGGAGAAUAAGACCUCUGAAGAAAAGACACCUGAUUUUCAGAGCACGGCUCUCGAGGCUGAAGAAUCCAGGAGCUUGAGAACUGAAUCAAACACUUCGGUUCUCUCCCCUCAUAUCAAAUCUCCUUCUAAUUUCCUCAAACUUGUGCCUCAUCUGUCUCCCCUUUUCUCAAGGGAAUGA